GUAUUCAAAUAUGUUCAUAUUUCCCAAGAGACAAUCAAUGGUAAAAGUGUUUCCUCUUUCAAAUUCUGUUUUCUUGAGUCGUGUUUUGAUGUGUCGGGUAGAUGGUACUGUUUAACUCUGUUCAUGGCUUCAAUGCAUGUGCGAUAUGGCAAUCGGGAUGAGAAGCUUCUUUGAGUCUAUGGCAACAAGUCCAACUAAGUUCAUGGUAUUUGGUGGAGUCUGUCCAGAAGUGACGUCACCGAUUGCUGAAGCAGUGCAUUUUUGGAAUAUACCACAGCUUUCCUUUGCAGAUACGACGCCAUUUUUAUCACAGCAGGACAAGUACCCGUACUUCUACCGGACCGUGCCCUCUGAGAGUGCUGACAAUGUGGCAAGAAUUAGACUAAUUAAGUAUUUAAACUGGACAUCAAUUGGUACCAUACAUCAAGACGUGUCGAGGUUCUCUUACGCACAAGACCAGCUUGAUAAAGAGGCCGAGCUAAAUGGUGUGAAUAUUUCAGUCAGUUUGAGUUUUUCAGACGAUCCGAGUUCCGCCAUUAUGGAACUUAAGGUGUUUCAGCAGGGAAUAUCAAACAGAAACUACGUAUGGAUACUCCCGGGAUGGUACUCAGACAAUUGGUGGCGUCCUUCAGAAGAAUACGGAAUAGCUUGCUCAGAACAAGAAAUGAAAAGCACAAUCAGGGGUUAUAUUGCUACGGAUAUACUGAGACUCAGCUCCAGCAAUGAAACGACCAUAAGUGGCUAUACGGCCCUUGAAUACAAAACACUUUACAAAAAGGCCAGAGGUGACAAUUUCUCUCGCUUUCAUGGUUAUGCUUACGAUGGGGUGUGGGUAAUGGCACAAGUGCUGGACAAGGUGAUCGAAGGCCUCGAAUCAAAUGAGACAGAAUCGCUUGAAAGUUUUAACUACGAUGAUGAAGACCUACUGAUGAGAAUUGCCAGAGCGUUAAAUGAAACCCGGUUUACAGGCGUAACGGGUGAGGUAUAUUUUGAUGCUGGUGAAAGGAUUGGAUCACAAAUAAUACAACAGUUCCAAGAUGGAACUAUGAAGAAAGUUGGUGAAUAUCAUUCGCUAGGAGAUAAACUUGUUAUCAAGAAAGACGCGUUUCGCUGGCCAGGUAAUACCCCGCCGCCGUACAAACAGCUUAGCGAAUCAUCCACGAUGCAAGUUUCUCACUCCUUGUUCUUCAGCAUGGUUGGUAUAGCUACCAUUGGUAUAUUCGCCGCAUGUUGUUUCCUAUUUUUCAACAUGAAGAAUCGUAAACAACGGUACAUUAAGAUGUCUAGUCCGAACAUUAACAACUUGAUCAUAUUCGGUGGUAUACUGGCAUAUUCAUGCGUCUUCUUUUUGGGGCUCGACAAAGCGUUUCUCAGUAACAAGGGAUUUCGAAUUGUCUGUGCCGCAAGGGCAUGGUUUCUGUGCGUUUCCUUCACAUUAGCGUUCGGUGCGAUGUUUUGUAAAACGUGGCGGGUUUACAGAAUCUUUACAAACGUAAAGAUGAAAAAAAAGGUUAUAAAAGACACGCAUCUCUUCGUAAUGGUUGCCGUUAUGCUCAUUAUCGACGCGAUAGUUCUGAUCACGUGGCAACUUGUCGACCCAAUGUACGUCGGAAAACAGUACCUAGAACCAAAGAUGUUUGGUUGUUUACUUGCGUGGUCUACACGACACGUAAGCAUUCCUGCGUUAAACGAUAGUAAGUACAUCGGGAUGUGUGUGUACAACGUCAUGCUUUUGUGUGUGUGUGGUGCCGCCCUCACGUUCAUGAUACAAGAUAGUCCAAAUGCUUCGUUCGGGAUUAUAUCGGCGUUCAUCAUCUUCUGUUCUUCACUCACACUAGGAUUAGUUUUUGUUCCUAAGAUUGUUGAGUUACGGAAAAACCCUAAUGCUAACGAUCGAGUGAGGGCAGUAUUACGAUCGGAAAGAACUUCGAUUCAUCCGUCAACUACUACUAACAAUGGUACACAAAUAGAGAAACUCGCAUCGGAACACAAUUCAGCCGAAAAACGUUUACAGCAGUGUGACACGGAGAUUGAACGACUGGAACGUGAAGUCUAUGAUUUAGACUCUGAGGUUGUACCGUUAAUUAUUCAGAGAGAACAAAACAUACAGUAUCAUCAAAAAGUUUCCCCAGAUGAUGAUAAGGUAAUGAUCUCUUCACUAGCAACGUCAAUUCCGAACACGUUCCCACCAUUACCAAUCACAGUCUGUAUCGAAGAACCUACUGUUUGCAGCAUAUCAGAUCAAGGAAAUUCAAACGAAUUUUUGACGAUACAAAGUUACUUAACGCCUAUACAUUCUAAUGAAGAUAUUGUACAUAAUAUUGGAAGCGCUUGUGUUAGCUCAAGUCCUAAGACUCGUUUUAAUAGUUGUCUUGGCUAUUCUGACGAUGGCGACGGCAGCGAGUGUGAUAUGACAACAAAGAAAAAUGAAAUAAACAGUUUAAGCAAAGGCGUAUCAUAUCGGUCUGACAUUUCAAUACACAGUUUACCUGUUUCUAAAAGUUUUAUGGACCAACUUCAAGAAACGGAUAUUCUGACGGACUCGGAAUUCGUGGAGAGUGAUUCAAGUAUAAUAAGUGAUGACGCUAAAGUAGUUAAUUAAGCAACGGUGCUUGAGAUGUAAGCAUUGACAGUUCAGCGGUGCGAAUACGAUAUUGCCAGCAAUGAUGCAAACUCGAAAGUGCCGCUAUAAAUAUAAUCGGUUCAAGUUGAUAGUGCUUAAGAAUGGUGGAAAAUUAUCAAUGCCUUUUAAUGAUGCAAAACGGUUUUUAAGCAACAAAUACACGUUUGAAACUGCAAUGGGCUAUAUAAAUCAAACAGGGUCCUAUCAUGGACCAGUCAUAUUACAGGAAUAAUAUGACUGCUCCUGGAUCCCAUAAGAUACCGUAGUCCACAUUUUUUACCUUUUAUAGUUUAACUCUGUUCUAGCAACUUGAUAUUUCUAUGAACUACGACGAAGUUUUGUGAUAGACUAGUAUUUCAUCAUAAUUACGUCAACUACAUACAUUUUCUAGUCCUGCGCAGCGUCCUCUAUUGAUGACUAUUUUGUACGUUUAAGCUUUAAACAGCAGAGACCUAAAGGGAGGGGAUGAUUAGGGGCUGAUUGGUGGAUGAGGAUGGUUGGAGAUUCGGAAUAAUGUUACGGUACGUUGUUUAGGGCGUGGUAGCUGGGGGAAAUAUUUGUAAUAUGAGAUGACUUUUUUUAAACCGUGGGUGAAUCGGAGAGAAUGAGAGGCGCGCACAUUUUAAUAACUUGCGCUCUACUCACCCAUCUCCCAAUAAUACGCCCUCCAAACAGCUUAUUGCCAUGGUAGCAGGUACUAUGGUAUCUUUGAUAUAAUUGAGUUUACACAGAAAACAAAUAUUGUCCACCGUGUGCCUGUGAACCGCAUAUGUAAGGUUAAUUGUUAAAAAACAAUAUUGGUAUCACAUUGCUAUUUCAAUUAACAUUGCAUUCACCUAAGCUUAACGCAUAUUAUUAUAUAGGAUGAUACCAUAAAGUGGUACUGUACUAUUUAGUAGAUGGAUAUAAACGUUAGUG